AUGCAUUCAAUCAAAAAGGUGGCACGUCGGCAAGCUUGGUAUGCCGAAGACACGGUAUACAAUCCUUUCGGCCGCUACAAUUCCCACCGGCAGCGGAGACGUAGUGACUCUUUGGAGAAUAAUCGACCACUGGUUGUCGUCCACACCGAAAACGACGCGGAAAUCAGGCCUAUCGCGUCCAGCUGGGACCCUUCACCGGGACCUCGGAGGGCAGACACCUAUCCUGCACCACUCGAGACGCGAAGAUGGUCUGCGGGCCCCAUAGACUUACCGGCAACGGAAUUGGCAGCUCCUGAUAACGCGAACGCUGCACAGUCCACCACGACGACAACGAAGCUUGAGAAUGAUGAGCAGUCUCAGGACCUUGACUCUGGACCCAGACGUCGGAAGGCAAGGAAAUUUUUGCCAUGGAAGCAGAGUGGCAAUGCAGCAGGAUCUGAACAGGAAGUCUUGGUCUCCAAGCAAAUACCGUUCGGAAGACAGCUAGGCCUCAUAUUCCUUGGAAGCUGGACCAUGAUACUCUGGUGCUUCGUGCCUGCCGGCUUCGCAGUAUACUACACUCAUCAAGACCCGAUCAUCAUUUUUAUCAUCAACUUUCUUGCGAUCAUACCUACUAAUGAGGUGCUCGCGUAUGGAGUCGAACAGCUAGGAAUGCACUUCGGCGAUCGCCUGGAAGGUCUGCUGAGCAUGACCUUCAGGAAUAUCAUCGUGCUGCAGGCAUCUUUACUCGGGGGCAUACUACAAAACUUACUCCUUAUGACAGGCGUGGCAUUUGUGGUCGGCGGCUACCAUCGCAAAGAACAAUAUUUCAGCAUAAGGCUUGCGCAAACCAUCAGCAUGUUUCUAUUGCUGGCUGUGCUCAGCUUGACGAUACCAACAGUGUCUCGCCUCUGGGGCCAUUCCACUCCCGCGGGCAUCUUGGCGCAAUCCAGAGGUACAGCGGUAGUCAUCAUGACAUCGUAUGUGCUAUGGCUAGUGUUCCAGCUAAAGACCAACCGCUCGCUGUUCGAUCUACCGGACGAGGUUGCUAAAGCGUCCAAGCCGUGGGAAGGACGUAGUCUAUCCAGAGAAGCUGGUGCAGCAUUAAAAGCAGUCGCAGCACAGGGUGCCAUGGGUGCUAGCAUGGCUGGAGGUACCAUCGUCCGGGAGAACCUGAUCCACGACCAGCCAGAGGAGAAGGCAAUACCGAAAUUAUCAUGGCCGGUGGCUAUCGUGGCGAUUGUGGCCACCACAGUACUGCUAGCUCUCAACACGGAGUUCGCUACCAACAGUAUCCAGGCUAUGAGCGCUCGUGGUUUACCUCAAACCUUUCUGGGCCUUGUAAUCUUGCCCCUCAUGAGCAACGAUCCAGCGAUCAUCACAGUGGCCAAGAACGACAAAAUGGACAUGGCCUUGGUUCUUACACUUGAACGAGCUAUGCAGACUGCGCUCAUGGUUGUGCCACUUAUCGUCCUCAUCGCAUGGGGUAUGCGGAUCGACGAGAUGACGCUCGAUUUCGACGGUUUUGCGGUGGCGUCUCUGUUUGCGUCCAUCAUCAUUGUGACAUAUGUUGUACAGGAGGGCAGAACAAAUUGGCUGACUGGCGCAUUGUUGCUCAAGGUCUUCAUCAUCAUUAGUCUUGCUUCUUUCUACAUCACCGAAACUCUUCAGACAUAG